AGGGUCCCAAAAGCGAUAAGAACAGCAACGACGCGCCGACGCAGCCACGGCCACAGCCGCGAAGCAACCGCUGGUCAAAGCCUUGCGUCUCCGCCAACCUGGACGCCCAUUAUUCUUGGUUCGUGACAAAUGACUAUGAUCAUGCCUUUUCAUAUGUCUGCUUUUGCCCACCCACUAGUGAGGUCGAAGAUGAAGACGAAGAAUGGGAGACAGAGGGCAGUGCAGAUGAUGAGCCUGAGGACUCAGUAGAGGAUGCCAACCCCAACCCCAAAUGCGAUGGCGGCAAAAUGUGCCUUUGCCACAAACUUGCUUCAGACCAUCCCGAAUAUCCCUGGGUGGCCACGCGCGCAGGUGUGCGGAAGUUCACAAACCAGCAUGUUCAUGCGGAUAUACGCUGCCCGGAUGUUUUCGAGAUGGAUGUAUUCAACGACUUCACAGGCUAGGGUCUUGUAGAGGUCGCGCAAAACCUGAUCCUUGAUUUCGUAGAGGCCGAAGGUGACUGGAAAGAGCAGUGGGCCGUUUGUGAGGCUGUGGGUAUCGCCAUCUUCGGUGAUAUGUUCAUUCCUUUGGCAUAGUACGUCAAGAAUCCCCAUUCUAUGGAUAAUCUCUGCUGACAGGUAUAGCGUCGACGAUGGAGAUCUCGCAGACGAUACAUUCUGUCUGUUUUUAGCUAUGUUCCUCACUAUGCUUGCCAAACUAGAGUCCCAGGGACUUCUUGGCCCUGACUCGGAAAUCAAGAACCUCGGAAUGGUUAUGGCUUUGUACUUGUGCGCACCUUCUGACAUACGCGCCUACGGUAUUUGCGAAGGAAAUGAUGAUAAGACGAACAACGUUGCAGCAUUCUAUAACUCGGACGAAAAGAUUCUAGCCUAUGCUAAGAAAUACAACAUUGAGCUGCGUGGUCCGUGCGACCUCGAUAGUUAUGUUGAAGCCUUGGAUCAAGUCGAAUUACCACCUGCUAAAGACGACCCUUGGAGCUGGGCUGCUGUCCUCAAGCAGUAUGAGAAACUCCACGGACAAGAGAGAAAGAAGCCUAAGAUUGGAGGAAUACAGUAUGACAUCACGGCGAUGAGCAGUGCAGAACGCAGGAAGAGCAGCUACAACGGUAAAGACCCUCUGAAAAAGUCAGAGAUCGACAAAAUUAAGCAGGGCAUGAUUUUUCAGCUGGCCUAGGAUCGACAAUGAUAACUGGUCAGGCAAAUGCCCGGACUACUCGAUAUGUACAUUUCAAGCUAUCCGAUACAUUGGCUUGUUCUCUCUAGCGAUGACCAGGAGGACCGGUCUAUAAAGCCAAUUAACCCGUAAUUUUCACGUCAUUGCAAUAUGUUUACCAAUCUCCAUCACGGCGACGCCGCGAUGGAACCUUGAGACUCGCCUUGCGAGGAUUCGGGGCUUCAAAAACUUCCUCCAGUUCUUCUAGGGUGCGACCCUUGGUCUCAACAAAGAAGAAGUAGAUGAAAACAAACUCAAAGCAAUCCCAGAAAACAAAAAAGACAUAGAACCAGUACCCGAUCUAUAAUUAUUUACCAUAGUUAGCUGUUAUCCUUCGCGCAAGGGCAGCCUGGUUGUACAGCCAAGGGUAUUAUGAACUUACAUCUGCCAGAGCAAUCGGUGCCGCGAAGGUAUUGACAAAGCCCGCAGCACCAGCCGUGAGUUUGAAUGUUCCCAUACCCUUGGCCCGCAUAUCGUUUGACAUGACUUCACCGGGAUAGAUAGGUUGCAUGGAUGUGAAAGCGAACGCAAAUACAACACCGAAUAUGUAAAUAAAAGCGAUCGAAGCUGACGAUGCCGUUGUGCUGCCACUGUGGAGGAAGGCAGCAGCUGUUGCUGCCGUGACU